AUGCUCAAGGCGUUCGAAGAGGCGAGGCUGAGCUGCCGCGCCUCCGCAAAGGGUCCUCGGCGUGUUGCUCUGCUGCUCCACUUUGGUCGGCUGGGCUGCGAGCUGGUCAACUCUGCAUCCAUCGUUGCUGCUCGUCAUCCACCCUCCACCCUCCACCUUCCACCUUCCACCUUCCACCUUCCACCUUCCACCCUCGCAGACACACCUGCCAUUGCGGAACAGCCCGCAUCCAGCACUCAUCCGACGACCGCGCCACUCCAGGCCCCUAUCUGCCUCCACAUGAACAUCAUCGACUCGCUCUUUGGGCGCACAAAGUCGCCAGCCGAGCGGCUGCGGCAGCACCAGCGCACGCUCCAAAAGGCGCAACGAGAGCUCGAUCGCGAACGCACAAAGCUCGAACAGCAGGAGAAGAAGCUCACACAGGACAUCAAGAAGAGUGCACGCGCCGGCCAAAUGCCCGCGUGCAAGGUCAUGGCCAAGGACCUCGUGCGCACGCGCAGACACAUCCACAAGUUCUACCAGAUGAAGACGCAGCUCCAGGCCGUCUCGUUACGCAUCCAGACGCUGCGCAGCAAUCAGCAGAUGGCCGAGGCCAUGAAGGGCGCCACGCGGGCCAUGGGAACCAUGAAUCGCAGCAUGAAUCUGCCCGCGAUCCAGCGCAUCAUGCGCGACUUUGAGCGCGAGUCCGCCACGAUGGACAUGAAGGACGAGAUGAUGGGCGAGGCCGUCGACGAGGCCAUGGACGAUGAGGACGAGGGCGUAGGCGAAGAGGAAGAGUCCGACAACAUCCUCAAGGAGGUCCUCGAUGAAAUCGGCGUCUCCGUCGGUCAGCAGCUCGGCGAGGCUCCCACCGCCGCAUUGUCCGCACCACAGGCCGCACCCCAACAGCGCAUCGCCAUCGGUGAAGGCGCUGCUGGCGGUGGAGGUGGAAUCGGUGCUGGCGCGAACAAGGACGAAGAUGCCCUCCAAGCUCGUCUCGACAAUCUGCGUAGAGAUUGA